UUAAAGGUUAUGAAGAACAAGCAUACAUUUCUUGCUGCUAAUUGGCUUUUGGUAGGGAGGGAAUACUUAACAAGGAAGAAAAAUUGUAGGCUCUAGCUCCUUUUCACAGGUUUGGUUAUCUUACUUGUGUAUUGUUACAUUCUUAAUUGAUUUUGUUAUUGUUUAAAGGAAACAUCCAAGUGAUUUAAGAUAGUGGUAAGGAAAGUAGUAGGCUUGCUAAUACACUCAGUCACAAAAGGUACACUGUCCUCUGCUUUUAAAAUGGCUUAAAAUAUAUGUAGUUAAGGGAGCUUGUGAGGUCCCCAAUGGUUUGCUGCAUGAAAAUUCACAAAUCAAAGCAAAGAAAAAGGUACUCAACGGGCCCAUAUGUUACAUAAAGAUAUGUUUUUUCUUAACUUUCACUUGCUCUUGCCUCCUCUCUCUCUCUCUACGUGGACACCUACGUAUGUAUAUUGUUGCUUUGUGUUGCUUCAUCUUUAAAUAGGGCCAAUCACGGAUUUGUCUUCCAAGGUAUAUAAAAACAACCUAAAUGCUUGUUUUUUGCUUCCCAUUUCGCUUUCCCCUUUUUUGAGCCUCUUCUGUCCAAAGAUAUCUCUCUCUAUUUAUGUGACAGUCACUUCACCAACAUCAUGGAUGUUCUGCUCAGUUUAUUCUUGGGUUUGGUUGGUCAGUUGUUUAUGUUAAACAGGAAGCUGUAGGGACAUAGGUUUCAGUAUGGGUGGAAAUGGCAUUAGAGCUUUGGUUGGAGUGAUUGCAUCUUUGGGUUUGAUUGUGUUUCUUCUUGUCGGUAUCUUAGCAAACUCUGCACCAAGUGUUCCAUCAUCAGAAAAUGUCAAGACUUUGCGGUUUAGUGGUAAGGAUGUGAAUCUGUUUCAUGUAAGCAAGCGAAAAGUUCCUAAUGGACCUGAUCCUAUCCACAACAGGAAAGCAGAAACUUCGAGACGGCCACCAAGAGUAUGAUAUUGACUGUAAUGUUUAUGUCAUGCGGGCUUCGUUCAUUUUCGGGUUUUUCUACCGUCUCAAGACACAGUGAAGUAUUCAACCUCUCAAUUACGUUUCCACGUCAAGAAGCUACUAUUUUUUCUGAGGCAAUCAUUAACUUCAGAUGUUAGAGAUAUGCUAUGAACUCAUAGCUUUGUGAAGUCUUGCUCUGUAGAAUUUUGGAAGGUGAAGUCUCUGCUCUCUCUUUCGUUUUGGAACAUUGUGUCUAAAGAUUGAAAAUCAUUCAGAAGAUUGUUGCUAAGAUAUUAAAGACUUCUUAAGAGUUUUUGUAAUAACAUUUGUAUUUAGUUAUUAUAGGCUUAUGUCUUUAUCUAACUCUCUGUUUCCUGUUUUCCUCAUCUUUCUUUAUUUGCCUUUUGUUUUAGAAUCUGUUAACUUUAAAGUUUGCUUUUUUAUGUUUCCUCUGGCUAAAGCAAAAAACCAUUAAACUAAAGUUGCUCCAUUUUCAAAAAU